AUGUCUAUGAAAAAAAUCAGUGAAACAUUUAAACUGAGUAUAAAAACAAUAUAUUUAUGGCGAAAAAGAAGAGAAAAAACAGGGAGCAUCAAAGCGGCAUCUGGAUACCAAACAGGACACAGAAGGAAGAUAAAAGAUAUGGACAAAUUCAUCAAAUUUUUGGAGGAAAAUGAAGAAAUAACAGCUGAUAAGAUCAUAGAAAAUUUGGUAAUAUGUGCAAAAAUACGGUGUAUAAUUACUUAAAAAAAGUGGGCUACACAUAUAAAAAAAACCUUCUUAUAUCAGGAAAGAGAUGGAAAAAAGCGUAAAGAAUUCGUAGAAAAAAUAGCAGAAAUAAAAGAAGAAAACCUAAUAUUUAUAGGAAGAAAAUCUGGUAUUUAUAGACGAAUCUGGUAUUGAUGACAACGAGUUUUAUGCGUACGGAUGGGCCCCUAAAGGCAAGAGAUUAUUUGCAGAAAAGCAUGCAUUUAAGAAAAAAAGAAUUAGUAUUAUUGGAGCGCUAAAUGAUGGAAAAGUUGGCGCUCCAUGUGCAUUUGAGGGAUAUUGCAACAGUGAGCUUUUUGAAGCAUAUGUUGAAAAAAUUUUAGUGCCAACAUUAAAGCCUGGGCAAACCAUAAUUCUUGACAAUGCAAGCUUUCACAAGUCCGUAAAAAUCAGAAAAUUGAUUGAAAAUGUAGGGUGUAAAGUGCUGUUUUUGCCGCCAUAUUCACCAGAUUUGAACCCAAUUGAACAUUUUUGGUUUGCCAUAAAACACGCCGUCAGAAAAAUACUGCCAAUUUUUUCGCCAAAUAUUAACGCUGCUAUUGAUUUUAUUUUUCAAAAAUCAGGUAAACCUUAUCUUGAUUAG